AAGUGGUCCGAACAUUCAGAGCGACAGACGAGGAGAGAAACGACGGAAAUCUCUGACAGACGGCCGAACGAGUGGAAACAAGAGAAGAAGAAGAAGAGACGGAGAAUGUUUCCUGUGUGGCUAUUGGUGGCGGUGGUGGCUGUGGGCGGGGCCAGAGGAGACGCAAGUCAGUGCUGGGAGCAUCCGAGCUGCCAGGAGCUGAACUCAGAGAGCAGCAUGAUGGACUGCAUCCAGCUGUGUCGCUCUGCCCUCACGGCUGAGACGCCCAUCAUCCCAGGAAACGCCCACCUCCAACCUCCACCUUCCUCCUCCUCCUCCUCCUCCUCCACUUCCUCCUCCCCUCAGACCAAACGCUCGUACUCCAUGGAGCACUUCCGCUGGGGGAAGCCCGUCGGCAGAAAACGCCGCCCAGUCAAAGUCUACACCUCCAACGGCGUGGAGGAGGAGUCAGCCGAGGUUUUCCCUGAGGACUUGAAGAGGAGGGACCUGGUCAGUGAGCUGCUGGCGGCGGCAGCGGCGGCGGAGGAAGAGGAGGAGCAGAAGAUGCAGGAGGCGAUGAAGGAGGAGGAGGAGCGGCUCCUGGAGAAGAAGGACGGCACCUACAAGAUGAAGCAUUUCCGUUGGAGCGGCCCGCCGGCCAGCAAACGCUACGGAGGCUUCAUGAAGAGCUGGGAGGAACGCAGCCAGAGACCUCUGCUCACGCUCUUCAAGACCGUCAUCAACAAAGACGCUCAGCAGAGGAAGUGAGCGAGGAAGAGGAGGAGGAGGAGGAGGCGUGUGCUGACUGAGAGCCUGAGUGAUGGAGAGACAGACAGAGAGGUUUUAU